AUGCAACACCUUUCAAUACUAUUAAGUUACUUGUUGAUGAACACUUGUCUGACGAUGGGUGCAAUCAAUCUUGAUCAUUUUCGUCAAGAGGCUCUCGCGCAACACAAUUACUAUCGUCAGCAAAUCCACUGUACCCAACCAAUGUCAUUAGAUGCAUCUCUGAAUACAAUGGCGCAAAACUAUGCUGAAUAUUUAGCGUACUAUGAAACCUUUCAGCACAGUGGAGAAGAUGGAGUGGGUGAAAACUUAUAUAUGGAAUCUUAUUCAGCAGGCAUCACCUAUGUCAACGGUUCGAAACCAACUGCUGAUUGGUACAGUGAAAUUGAGGACUAUGAUUAUAGUAACCCAGGUUCCAGUUCGGGCACGGGUCACUUUACACAAGUUGUUUGGACUGAUUCUGUUCAAAUGGGCAUCGGCAUUGCGCUCUCUAGUGAUGGUCAAUCAGCUUAUGUCGUAGCAAACUAUUAUCCACCAGGAAAUUUUCAAGGUGAAUACGGCGAGCAAGUGCCACCAGUGUGUCCUUCAACAACAACGACUACUGCUCGAACAACAACAACAACAACAACAACUACUACUAUUACUACUACUACUACUACUACUGGUUCAAUCGCAUCCACAACAACGGCUGCUCCAACAACAACAGCAACUACUGGUUCAACCGCAUCCACAACAACGGUUGCUGCAACAACAACAAAAAUCACCACUGGUUCCACAACGACGAAUGAUGGAACACCAAUGAGCACUACAACUUUAGAUAAUUCAGCAAUAGGCUGGUGUUAUCGAUAUUAUCAUUUCUUGGCGACUCUGCUGAUUCUUGGCCGACAAUUUCGUUUUAUGUUUCGACUAAACUGA